UAGUAGGUGGUACGUCGUUUCACAGUCCCACGUGUUGUUAUUUUCUUGACAUGGCUGCCCCCAUAGCUCUCAUUCAAGGUGCCAGCAGAGGACUGGGGCUUGCGUUCUGCAAACAUAUAUUAAAAAACAACCAGUUCGCUUCCGUAAUAGCGACUUGCAGAAACCCGGACGGGGCAGACGAGCUGCGUGGAUUGAUUGGACAACAUCCGGCCAGACUCACGAUGUUGAAGCUGAACGUGAACCAGGAGGAUGAUAUCCGUGGAGCCGCAGAGCAGGUGAAGGAGGCCUUUGGGAGGCUUGAUCUUCUUGUCAACUCCUCUGCUAUGCUUCACCCUUCCGGAAAAGGAGAGACCAGCCUGAGGGACGUUUCUGCACAGGGGAUCGUUUCCACUUUGACAACCAACACAGUGGGUCCCUUGGUCAUGGCCAAAUAUUUCUCCCCCCUCCUGCAGAAGGGUGCUGGCGGUUUUGGUCAACAGCCUUCAGAGAAAGCAAAGCAGCACAGCGGCAUCAUAGUCAACAUUACAGCCAAAGUAGGCUCCAUUGGAGACAAUGGACUUGGAGGCUGGUAUAGCUAUCGAAUGUCCAAAGCAGCUCUGAACAUGGCCACCAGGAAUUUGUCCAUAGAGCUGGGCCGCAGUCGACCAAAGGUGGUUUGCGUGUCUUUACAUCCAGGUACCGUGAACACAGAGCUCUCCAGGCCUUAUCACAAAAAUGUUCCAAAGGACAAGUUGUUUAGUUCUGAACAGUCUGUGAGCUGUUUAAUGAGCAUCAUAAACUCACUAAGUAUUGAAAAAACUGGAAAGGCAUACAACUGGGAUGGGACCGAACUUCCUUGGUAGAAAAACAAAGUCGGAAAACCAAAAGAGAAGUUACGCUUCUUGAACUGACUGUAUAAGAUGAGUGUCCUGAGAUGAGCUGGAUGUCUCAAAUAACAGAACUGAAACAGGCUCUGAGUAGAAAAUAAAUAAACCUUAUGUUCUGCCUUAAAUAUAAUAAAUGUCCUAAUCUUGUUUCUAUUCCUUUUGCUUAAAAAAAAGAGCAAAGGAUUUUAUACUAAACAGAAAUACAAAACUUUGAAUGGAUAAGAAACAUGCCUCAGUGACCCCACAGAAAAUAUACAGUCUCUAAUGUUUAUCAUCUGAAAUACUUUGGAAGAAUGGGGAGAAAGCUGCAUGGUUUAUACUGUUACACGCCAUCUAGACCUACAGAAUAAUUAAAAGUACAAACUGAGAUUUUCUGUAAACCCCCGAUACCUCGUUUUAAAAGUUUUUUUAUAGAAUGUAUGCUGUUUAAUUUUUAUAUUUGUAAUCAUUACAUUUAUGCAGUCCUGUGACUCACCAAAAAGUCGAACAGAAUCAUGUAUUUGCAUAAGAAACCAUUAAAAUAUGCUGGAGGUUUGAA